GCCGAGGUUUCUGCUCUCCCGUCACCCUCCACCGUGCUCUCCGGUCGAAAGAUGAGCGCAGCAGUGACCAAGGUUCCAAGGCAUAUCGCGCCGCCAGCAGCACAGAGCAUCCGCCCGACUAGGGCUGCCCCGCGCAUCCGGAAACCCCUCAAACGCGACGAGCGCGGUCGCCCCAUCCCCCAUGUCAAUGUCAUCGUCCGGGACACGUACGCAUGUCGUCUUUCCGAUCACUACCGCAACACUCUGCGCGACGACCUCAUGUACAUGACCUACACGCAUGAGCCAAAUCCGAAACCCGUGCGGCCCGUGCCACCCAGGUUCGACCCCAACGAUCCCUACGCGAAGUUCCGUUACAACCCUCCGUUGGGUGGGACCCAGUCUUUCAACGUUCCCCAGGACUCAGUCACCGCGGACAACAUUGUCCAGCUGGAGCGCAUACAGCUGCACACGAUGGCCAAGGAAGCCUUCGGCAACCGGUCGAGCCUGCUGCCUGUCAUCAUGGCCUUCCGUGCCAUCUCGGGGGAGACAGAGCACUCAGGUGGUCAGCGGACAGUAGAGGGCGUGCAAAUCGUGAAGGGGAAGCAGAACAUUGGCGGCUGGACCCGCCUCGGUCACCCAAUCGGUGCCAAGGUCGACCUGAAGGGCCCGAAGAUGUACGACUUCCUCAGCGUGCUCGUCGACUUUGUCCUCCCUCGUGUGCGAGACUUCCGUGGCUUCCCCAUGCAGCUGCCGUCCCAGGCACUCACGCUGCCUCACUCGGGCUCUGGUGUUGUGUCGAUAGGUCUUUCGCCGGACGCCUUGGCCUUCUUCCCGCAAAUCGAAGUGAACUUGGAUGCUUACCCGAAAUUGUUCGGUAUGCACAUACACUUUGUCACGAACGCGUUCGGGGCGGGGGCACAAAACCGCGCGAGGGCACUACUCUCCGGCUUCAGGGUGCCAUUCGCUCGGGUGUGAUUCGGUUUUUCGGGUCUCCCCGGGGACGUUAGACAAAAUGUAUGGUACCACUCUACCUAUUAAUAGUACAAGAGAUGGUAUUCUUCCGCCCCCUUGGGCGUUCGCCGCCGCUUUCGGUUACAUCGUCCAAUAUGUACUUGUGGCGCCCGAAUGUCCGCAUGCUUCAGGGUAGGAUCCUGACUAGAUCGCUUCGUAUGGGCCUGAGCCAUGUUCUGUGGGUUGAUCACCGCGUUCCAUUCGUAGGAAUGUCGUUGCUAGGCUCAUAUGUUGUGCACAAGAACCGAUUGGUCAGACUUCAUGAUCUCAAUGCCAAUAUUCAAGAAUUUUGUACGGCAUACGGCACUGC